AUGGAGACGAGAGUCAUGGCCACCAUAACGACACCGACGCCUAUAGUCGAGUAUUUGGCCAUUUCUUCGUUAAGUCCGGCCGAAAACGCCAUCGAGAAGUACUCAUUCUUACCAUUCACUGUAUUUUUGGCCAUAUUUUGGAUCUUCACGUAUUGGAAAGUUCCCGAAACCAAGAACAGGACCUUCGAGGAGAUAUCGGCGCUCUUCAGGAAAGACGACUUCAUAGCCAUAGAUGACGUGCAGUUCUCUCACAAAUCAAGUUCUGGUGAUAUGUUUUCGCAUAAGUCAAGCAGUGGUGAUAUCAUCUUCGAUGAGAAGACGUUAGAGUCAUGUAAGCGUUAUCUCCAUCAUCACCAUCACUGCCAUUACGGCGACUCUUCCGACGCUAUUAUACCGCACACAACACCACCACCACCUAACAUACCGCACACCAGUAGGAAAAAAGUAACGGUCGCCGCGUUUAACGACAAUGACUUCACACCUAAUCAUGUGAUCAUUGAAGACCAACUCUGACAAUGACUUACCAUUUGUUAUACAAUACAAUGACUUGUCUUUUGAACGUAUGGAUCAAAACU